GUCGUACAAACCCUGCGGUAUGUGAAUUUUUCAUGCGCGGCAAAAAAAAAUGUAAUUCGUUAUAUAUCUGAACAAUGCGAUUUGGCGGCUUAUAUAUAGGCUGUCCCUUCAAAAUUAUUUACUUCGCUCUUUUUUUAAUUGUGCAAUAAUUGUCGUCGUUAUAGAUGAUCGGCCUUUUAUUAUCUACGCGAUUGAUUCAUCGAUCAUGUAUUAUCGAGAUAUUUUCAAAUGAAAAUUGAUAUCGAAGUAGAGUUCCUUAUAUUGCUGGUGCAAUUUAGUAAAGUACAACUAAGUUGAUUACAGGAUUUAUAGGAAAGAAAGUUUUCUAGAGUAUUUGACUUAACCUCAAACCGCGACGUAAUGUUCUGUCACGCGUAUAAAAUGCUUCGACGAUAAAGCAAUAUGUAUGUUAAACAAUCACAGAUCAAUUUUUUCAUCACGCUAAACUCGAAUAUGCUAAAAUAAUAACUAAUCAAUAAUCUAUUGGAUUGAUCCUAAAAUGAGAGAAUUGAUUACAUUUAAUGGAAAGAGCAAACAAAGUUUUUAACCAUGACUAGUCCUAUGUGCCAGGAUAGUGGACCAUUUCGAGAAUGGGCUCCAUUAUCAGCUUUGAUGCAAAAGAUGCCUACGAAAAUACAAGUAGGCCUCUUUGGUCAAGAUGUAAAUUUUACUUGCCUGGAUGCCGUAGAUGAGUUUCUUGCAAUUGGCACAAACCAUGGUUUUGUUUACUGGUAUAAUAGAAAAACUGAAGAACUAGAAACUUUGGGGUGUCCGAAUCCCAAUGGUAAUAUAACCUGUAUUAAAGUUGUAUCGACAGUGGACUUUAUGUUAGCUGCAGGUACUGAUCUAGGUGAUGUAAUUAUUUUUCAAGUUCCGAAGCAAGUAUCUAAUGUUAUACCUGAAGCAUUGAAGCCCAAAAAGAAGAAACAGGUAGAAAGAUUUAAUAUUAAAGGACUGCAUCAAAAUAAUGCGAUGGCUUUGGAGUGGUCCAAAAAUGGUAUGAAACUUUUUAGCGGUGAUAAAAGUGGAUUGGUUGUGAUAACUGAAAUAGAUUUUUACUUGCAUUUGUCCAAGUCAACUGAACUUCUGAAUGAACAGUAUUCUGUGGUGCAAUUGAGUUAUCAGAGUGGAUUACUAUUAGUAUCUACGUUAUUUCGUACUAUUAUUGUUGAUACACGUCGGGAUAAUCAAGUAAAACAAAUUGGACAAACUGAAAGAAAAGUGCUUGGUAAAUUCGGAGCUGUUUUUACAAAAAAAAAUAUUUUAAGUCAAGAACCAGUGAUUUAUGCUAGUCGACCGGGACUACGGAUUUGGCAAGCAGACAAAAAUGGAAAUGUAUUGAAAACAUUGAUAUUAAAGGAUGCAGCGAAAAACGUUCAUAACGUGGUCCAGUUGUUAAACCCAGCGCAUGGCGAUACUAGAAUAAGUACUCGGAAAGAUCCGUCUUUUAAUAUUAUAAUACCUUUGUCUGACGAUUUAUUAGUUUCGUAUAAUGAAAAUGUAAUAUAUAUCGUAAAUCCGAAUAUGAUUAUGAUAACGUCAGUAAUAUCAGAUCUUCGUAGAGUAACGGAUGUCGCGUGUACGGAAGACGAAAUAUUUAUUCUUGAAAACGAAAGAAAUGUUUUACGGGUAGCGUGUUACCCGGAUAGUAAUUUUAUUAAUGAAAAUGAAUUUAAAGACCAACCUACGCUACUAGCGGAUUUGAGUAACCCAAUAACUCAAGGACUUUUAGAAUGGACAUCAAAGUUCAAAAUAAGGCCAAUCGUCCCUGCCAUACCAUUUGAUAAACUAAUGCCGACCGAAUUGCUACAGUCAACGAGUAUUUUGCCGUCAGUUAUCAUUGGUACAGAUAACACUUCGAUAAUCAAUGCUGAGGAGGCCUUAGAAAUCCCGCCCAUAUUUCCCUUGCAGUUAGAUACAAACCUUACGACGUCGAUUGAUUUCAUAAAAAAGAGGGAAAACAACACGAUCGACGAAAAAAAGUUGGACGAGCGCAAGAAGAUUUUUCAAAAAAUUGCCGAGCAAGAAUUCGAGGAUAUCGUGUUUGUGCCACAAAAGAAUGGCCGAAAAUCUCGGAAAAAAGUGUCAAAACCAAAUUACUUGCCGUUAAACGAAAAUACUCGUAAAAGCCCAUCGAAUUCGACAAUGAAUUAUUGUGUAAAUGGUGAUAUGUACGAAUCAAAUCGAUCCCUUGACUACUGUCAUAACAAUCCCGACGAUUUACUUUCACAGUCUCAACAAGACAUGGAAACUAUUCAAAAAGCCGUUCAAGAUAAAGAACAACGCUUAUCAACUUACUUGCGGUUAGACUUGUCCGAGUACAUGGACAAAAGUAUUACCUCGAGUAAUAAUUAUUUAUUCGAGAGUGAAAAUGAUCUCACGUUAACGUCGACUACUUGCGAAAAUUCCAAAGAGCACAAUAACCCUCCGUAUCGUGAAACAACUGAGGAGUGCAAAACGACAAUAUCGGAGAAAAUAGAAGUUAGUGAACAAGCUCAUGGGCAUAUGAGACACGAAGGAUCUGAUUCAGCUGAUAAAAAGUUACUCGAAAGUAAUUUUAACGUUUUAUCCAAAGAAUUUAUAAAAUCAACGACAAGUCAAGAAACUGACGACUGGAUAUUACUCGGUUGAAGAAUGUUAUUUCAAAUUUGCAAAUAAAAUUAAAG